UUGGAACCGUGGGAGCGCCGCGGGUAUAAAAGGCGGCGUGCGGCGGGCCGGGGCAACACCAGACCUCAGGGGACCAGCAGCAGCAGCAGCAGCGAGGCCAGGCCGUCCCACGCCACUUCCACCAUGGGCAGGAUCAUCUUCUACGAGGACAAGAACUUCCAGGGCCGCCGCUACGAGUGCGACAGCGACUGCUCGGACUUCCACGCCUACCUGAGCCGCUGCAACUCCAUCCGGGUGGAGAGCGGCGCCUGGGUGGUGUACGAGCGGCCCAACUACACGGGCUACCAGUACGUCCUGACCCGGGGGGAGUACCCCGAGUUCCAGCGCUGGAUGGGGGUCAACGACCGCCUCAGCUCCUGCAAGAUGAUCCACUUUACCAGCGGCACGCAGCACAAGAUGCAGCUGUACGAGAAGGCCGACUUCGCCGGCCAGUCCUUCGAGGCCACCGAGGACUGCCCGUCGCUGCCGCAGAAGUUCGGCUGGAAGGAGGUCAACUCCUGCAAGGUGUUCGACGGCCGCUGGAUCUUCUACGAGAACCCCAACUACCGCGGGCGCCAGUACUUCCUGGAGAAGGGCGAGUACCGCACGCCGGGCGACUGGGGCGCCAACAGUCCCCUGGUGCAGUCCUUCAGGCGCUUCAACGAAUGAGUCCCACACCGAUCAAACCAACCUCCAUCCGGCUAUUCUGCGAGUUUUGAUCUGCAUCCCACAAAUAAAACACAUCCAGCAAA